CCGUAUCUGCUCUCCUGUCUGGGAGAGUUUCCUCCGCAAAGUAAGAUCCGCUAUUUUGUUGGAUGUUAUUGCCACAGACAACCAUCUUUUCUCGAAGCCAACUAAACUGUGGCGAGGAACUGAGUGGGGAGCUGUCAGUCCCACUUUGCCAGUAUUUGGACCAACCAUAACCCUCGAAUAGCUUUAUUCGUAGACAGUGCGGUGGAGGCAAAAUUUUAUCAACUCAAAAAAAAAGAAUCAAUUCGUGAAAUACAUCAAGAUCACCGACCAACACCCCGAAUCAUGUCAUGCGAAUCAUGUACAGGCUGUUUUGAGGCAGCACCCUGCAGUUCUCCAUCACCUUCGACCAAUGGCCAUAUAUCAAAGGAAUACCGUCAUUUUCUCAAGGCGGCAAAGUUCUGCACAGCUUUCCAGACUGAUCAGACUGAGGAACAAGCAACAUCGGACUUGGAGACGGACAUGAACAUGGAUCGGAAGAAGAGGAAGCAGCAGGAGAACUUGGACCAUGCCUUCAAUACUUUAAUAGGCAUCCUUGCCAACAAUCAGUUCACAGCACAAACAUACCUCGCACUCGCGUACCGGCAAUUAGGACCAACGGAAUUCCUGCAGCUGGCCCGGUCACUGGCCCACCAUGGCUUUUGGGGUCGGCUGAUCACCUGGGCCUCGUUCUAUGUCAAAGAGGAUAGCAAGCAGCUGCAAUUGCUGCUCGACCAACAUAGCUCGGAGCUAUCCCAGCAUGUGAACGAUGAGGCUGAAAUGUUUGAGGUUUUCAAUCCUGCCGUGAACUGUCAACGUGUCAAGUGGAGCAUCGAUCCUAUACCCUCUUUGUAGCAAAUAGCGAAAUAAUACAUAUAAUACAGAUUCAAUCUGUCUCUUCUCCAUGCG